AUGAGCAAGUGGAUGUUCAGGAAGAGCAGCUUCACUGGGCUCCUCGUCACUGCUCUGUGUGCAGUGGCCUCUGGGCUGACCAGCAAAAAGUACUAUCAUGUGGAUAAAAUAUUGACCUGGCACGAUGCUCAACAGUACUGCCGAGAGCACUACACUGACCUGCAUUCAUCAGCAACCAGGAAGAGGCAGAGCUGGUCUUUAACAUUAAAGAAACGACCAAGAGCAGCUCCAGGCCCAGAGCAAGAUGAAGGGGCCCAGACGGACCACGUGUGGACGGGCCUGCGCUUCCAUGCCGGCUACGCUGUGGUGAACGGGAUGCUCUGGAGUACCAGGCCGGUUAGGGACCGGGGGAAAGCUGCCCCAGUGCCCAGGCAGUUACCACUGUGGGACCCUGGCCAAAGAAGAAGAGUAUGGGAGUUAGGGACUAGGAAGAGCAGCUUCACUGGGCUCCUCGUCACUGCUCUGUGUGCAGUGGCCUCUGGGCUGACCAGCAAAAAGUACUACCAUGUGGAUAAAAUAUUGACCUGGCACGAUGCUCAACAGUACUGCCGAGAGCACUACACUGACCUGGCAUUCAUCAGCAACCAGGAAGAGGCAGAGCUGGUCUUUAACAUUAAAGAAACAACCAAGGUGAUGUGGAUUGGUCUGUACAGAGAUAACAAUGACCCAAUUGGGUGGAAGUGGUCAGGAGGGGAGGACUCAGAGUUCAGGCUUUGGGGAAAAAAAGAACCAAGCAAAGGUAAAUCUGAGACCUGCGCCCAUGUGCUUGAUAAUGUAUGGAUUGACACAUCAUGCAAUAAUAAACACACUUUUCUCUGCUAUGGAGGGGAGCGUGAYCUGAUCCUGGUUCAGGAGAAUAAGACGUGGUUGGAGGCUCUGAAGCACUGCAGGGAUCACCACGCAGAKCUCCCCAGCCUACUCUCUGAGACAGAGCAGCUCCAGGCCCAGAGCAAGAUGGAGGGCACACAGACGGACCAUGUGUGGACGGGUCUGAUCUUCCUGGCCAGAGAAUGGCUGUGGGUGAACGGGGAUGCUCUGGAGUACCAGGCCGGGUUAGGGACCGGGGGAAAGCUGCCCCAGUGCCCAGGCAGUUACCACUGUGGGACCCUGGCCAAAGAAGAAGAGUACUGGGGAYUUAGGGACUGUGAGGAGAUGAUGAACUUCCUCUGCUGUAGAAAGUGAUUUGACUACAUCGGCCAACUGUCUUAUCCAUAUGCCUCCAAGUCAAUUUUGCCAGGUUUUGAAGGAGCACAUWUUA